UACCGACAAUCAAUAAGUACUUACUCACGGGUCCGUUGCAUAUCCUUUCUCCUUACGCUCGGUCGUCCGCCCACUCUUUGGACCUCGGUGUUUGUCAGGAAUCUUCCUGCCGGAUCAGUUACGAUACCAAGCAACCAAACGAUCCACAAAGAAACCUUGUGCAAUGCACAGUCCACUCACUCACCGUAUAUGUUCCUUGCCUUCGAUGCUCCUCCUCCUGCUCUUCGCAACACUCUCUGCCGCGCAGACCCGCCAGACACUCUCCUUGAAUGCAGUCGCAAAUGAGCGGUCUCCCAAUCCGCCGUUUUUCACCAUCCCGGCGGCACCACAGCUGGCCAUCUCUGUCACAUUAUGUGCCUCGACGACCAACGCAGCGCUACCGCGAUUUUUCCUCGCCAAUAGCUCUUCCACUGCCAGUCCGGACUCCAGUGGUGGCGUAGACGUGUUCGAGAUCCCAUUAGACCGAGGGUAUGGGCAAUGGACGGGGCCGUUUCCUCAGGGUGGAGUUGUUGGGGUGGAGAAUGCAGGAAAUGUACCGUUCCAAAUCGGUGUGUCGGCGGGGGACGCACCUAUGCAUGAAGUCCUAGCGGACCCUCCGCUCUUCGGAGACUCGACCGCGACUCAGGCGAUACUCUUCUCCCCGUCAUUCGCGUCCUUUGACUUUGUGGAUCCGACGUAUCCCAACUACACUCUUUCGAUGGAGAAUUUGACGCCACCCGCUCCGCCUCCGAACCCACCCAACUUCAGGCUGAUUAUCACGCCAACGAGCGAUGCGCUCUCGGCAUUGCAGCAAACAUCUUGCGCGCUCUCUUCCCUAAAAUCGAGCGGCACGGUUGCUAAUCAGACUCUGUGGUCGAGGGACACCAACGCAUGGCGGUCACAAUGGAUGAUGACAGGGCUGGCUGCGUCGACGAACUACACAGUCUUCGUGAUCCAGGACUCGUUCAAAGUCACCCGGUCGAUAUAUUUCACAACAAAGUCAUCCUCGUUCUCGUGCCCGCUCGUCUCUAACCUACCAUAUUGUCCAUCAAUAUCAUACGCCGUCCCGCUGCCUGCACUGCCAUCCUCCCAGCUGGCCUACAAUGCCACCAACCUUCCGACGUCGAUAUCGGCCCCCCUGUUGUCAUCACUCACCAACUUCACGACGACGCUCACCACCUUCGCCUGUGGACGCGACUUCUACUCCCCGCUGGUGACAUGCGCCGACUGCCAGCGCGCGUACCGAACCUGGCUCUGCGCCAUCUCGUUCCCGCGCUGCGCCGACCCCGCCGCAGCUCCGCCGUCCGCCGCACUGCUGCAGGCGCAAGCGCCCGAUGCGCGGAACGCGGCGUUUCCGCCUGGGAGCAACUACACGCAGCUGCUGCCGUGUCUGGAGACGUGCACUGCCGUCGACCGCGCGUGCCCGCAUUUCCUGGGCUUCAAGUGUCCGGUGCCGCGGUUCAAUGCGGCGGCCAGCUACGGGGUCGGUUACAUCGACAGCCCGGCCCCAGGCGUCCAGGGCCAGGGACUCACUGGCGCGUGGUCAGAUGACUUUGGGAAUGUGUGGUGCGCGGGGAGCCCAUGACCCUACGGACAUGCUGUUUUCUAGCUUAUGUAUCACUAUCUAAGGCGACUGUACAAUUUGUUGUGAGCUGGGGCCUCAGGAAUAGAAACCAGAGUCGCGCAGAUGCUGCUGGUGCUCUCCACGGUGGGCGCGGACGCGUUUGUCGACACCCAUCCGCCAGAUGGGUGCGAUGAUCUGCGCAUGAUGUCAAGAGCUGGCGAAGAUAGUACGUCGUAUGAACGCACCCCGGCAAGACAGUCGUAUAUGGGAUCUAGGAGCAGAUUGUUGCGAGGCGUCACACCUCUCGUGGACGCCCGAAACAGGUCUGUAAUCAUGUCUGCUGUGAUGUGAGUGUGUCCUCGUUGCACUCCUGGGGAGAGUGAGUCCUACGCCGAGGAGGCUCGACCCAAUCAAACAUUACCUUGGAGCAGGGCUUGGGCGGCAACUUCCGCUGUGAUUCCUUCAUCUGUGCUCUCGAUAUCCAGCGUUAGUUUUGGUUUGCUCAGGUUUUCCGUCUCGUAUCCUGGGGUAUACAUUGUCGGCGGGAAGAAGAUAUGCACGUCGAUGUCAUACAGCAUGAACUCUGACUGGAGCGUGUCGGCCAAUCCUACGAAUAGAAUUCAGCUAGGUGACGACAGGUAUGGGUUAUAGGCACAUACCACGAAGAGCGUGUUUCGCAGGUGAGUAUGAGG